ACCAGGUGUUGAAGAGGGGUGAGAGGGGGACCUGGAGAGAUUAGCAACCAAAGCAGACAUCUCUUUCUCUCCACACCAGCAAUGUGUGCUAACUAGUAUCCGUCUGGAAGUGGUUUGUCCACAGUGAUCCACACAGCUUUGGGAAACAGCAGCCGCGACAGUGACUGUGACCGUGGGGGCAGGCAAACUAUAAUGGAGAUGGAGCCACUCACAGUACUUCUCUGGGGUCAUGAAUUGUGUCCUCCCCUCACCUUUGUGUAAUCUGACCACCUGGAUUUCAGCCCCACCCUCACCUAUGCCUGCAGGACCAUGGGUAGUGUCAGCAGCCUCGUCAACGGGAACAGCCUUAACAGCAAACACUGCAAGGCGUCUGAACAUAGGUUAAGAAAGGGAACAAAUUCGCAUAGAAAGAGUGGAGGCUGCAGCCUUGACGAGCUACUGAGGUGCGGCUUCUCUCAGGGCUCCUCAUCCACCUCUCAUCCCUCAAAAGGCCUGUCCCACUCCCGGUCAGGGCGCAGUGAAGAUUUUUUUUACAUCAAGGUGAGCCAUAAACCAAGGUCAGUGUACCACAGAGGAGGACCAAUGGAAGAUCAUGCAGGAGGAAAGAACAGAGAAGGGGAAUCAGAUGGGCGACUGCAACCAAAACUGCUGCUCAUGUCAGGAAAAAUGACUGAGAGGACCUCUGCUGAGAAGUCAUUGGUCCGUUCCACUGCCUUCAAGCCUGUGAUUCCCAGGAGUACAUCCUCCUCAGACACAGGCCACAACAGCCUGGACCACAUCCUUUGUGCUCCGGAGAAAGCAAGGAGUCCAGACAUUAGACACAAGCAAGACACCUUCUCAGGAACUCUCUCUGACUCUGGACGCAACUCUAUGUCUAGCCUGCCCACCCACAGCACCAGCGGCAGCCUAAGUGCUUCCACGGGCCCUGUCAGUCACAGUGAUGGCAGCUCAGCUCCCGCAAACAGCCUCAGCAAGGGAGUGCAACCCAAUUUCCCUCCAUGGGUCAAUGGGAAUAGCACUAACCUUGACUGUAGCUACAGGGCUGGUUUAAACAGCGAAGGGUUGGCAUCAAAGGCUAAUGGGGAUGCUGGCUCCCCACUUUCUGCAGAUGAGCCAAGCGCUCUCUCUGAAACUGCAGGUGGGAUUCGGUCCCCCAUUACUACAGAUGAGUCACUGAUUGAACGUUUGGAACAAAGGCUGAUGGAGAGAGAGACUGAACUGCAGGAGCUACAGGUGAGUUUUGAAGACAAGGAAGCAGACACCUGCCGGCUGUUUGAGGAAAGACAAAGGUACUGUGCUGAUGAGAUGGAGGGGCUGAAGCAGCGAUGUUCCACAAAGCUACGGCAAGUGUCCCAAAUGGCUGUAAAAACCCAGCAAGCACUCCAGCUGCAGGUCAGCCAGCUCCAGGCAGAGAAGGAGAAGCUUCAGGACGAUGUCUCAAACCUUACCCGAGAAAAGGAUCUUGUUGAGCUCAGGCUGAGGUCUUACGCGACAGAGAGUUCACAACUCGCUCCGACACUUGAGGAAACUCAAUGGGAGGUGUGCCAAAAGUCAGGGGAGAUCUCACUGUUGAAGCAGCAACUGAGAGACUGCCAGGCAGACGUCAGCCACAAGCUGAACGAGAUAGUCAGCCUCAGGACAUCACUGAAGGAGAAUACAGCAAAGAUGGGGAUGCUCGAAAGACAGAAUAAAGACCACGAGGACAAACUUCACUCCCGCACCAUAGAGGUUGAGGUUUGCCAAAAUGAACUCCAGCGCAAGAAGAAUGAAGCUGAUUUGCUGAGAGAGAAGGUGGGCAAACUGGAGACAGACAUUCAGGGAAUGAAACAGGAUCUGGCUAUGGCCAAACAGCGGAGGCUGCAGCACAGUUUGCAACUUGAGGCCCAUGCCCAGACUGAGGCCUUGGGAAGGCUAAUCCAAGGCUCAGACUCCCUCGCCCAGGGCCAGGUGGAGGAGAACAGUGGACACAUCACCACAGAAUCACUCCAGAGAGAAGUGGAGAGACUGAAGCGGCAGCUCGGGGAGGAGAAGGAGGCACAGGAGAGGCUGGCUAACAGCUUUGAGCAAGAGAGGCAAACAUGGAACAAGGAGAAAGACAGGGUCAUCAGGUACCAGAAGCAGCUCCAGAUCAAUUACCUGCAGGUGCACAAGAAGAACCAGGACCUGGAGAGGAUCCUGAAGGAGCUGACCGCUGAACUGGAGAGCCGGACAGAGCUCGGCAUGGACAUCACAUACACCUCAGGGUUACAAACAUAUGAUGACGUUAUUGCCACAGAGAUUUGAUGGGAGCACUCACACACGUUCAGCAAAAGUGAACUUGGCACUUGACUAUUUUUUCACCACAGAUAUUUAUGAUACUAUAACAGCUGGAGAGCAGUGUUUUACAAGGGUUAUUUAAUAGAGCAAUCUAGGGUAUCUUAGUCACACAAAAAACAUAACAUUAAAAAAGGCUUUUUGUGAUGACACUGUUAGUACUUGUUUAAAACUAAAUGCUAAGUUAUUUAAUGCUCAAAUGAGAAUUUUUUUAUUUCAUUUUUUACCAUGCUGUCUAACAGGACCACUCAUAGUUCAACUCGUGCACAAUAUUGUAGUUUAAACACCAUUUAUUACUUGUUGGUUGACAGCUGAUUUAUCUGUUUCAUGAUUAAUGUCUGAUGGUAACACAUGAUAAGCAUGAUAGUGGCUUAACAUCUGUCCCUUCCAGCAUGGCAACUGACAGUGAUGUAUCAUCUGUUGUGAGUCUGGGUUCCUGAACCUUAUUAGACUUUGCCUUGUGUAUCCACGUUACUGUAUGCUCCCGCACUCUUCACUUGCAGAGGGUUUGUGCAUGGAAAACAGUUUGUAACCAUUUGAUGAGUCAUUUAAAACAAUACACAGGUCUUACGAUGUGAAUAUUUAUUAUAUCCACACCACUGUAAAAAGCGAUUUGCACUUCAAAAUACAUGUUAAAAUCAUUUGAAGCUGUCAUGCAUUUUCAUCCUUAAAGGGGAACUUCUGUAUUUUACAACAUGAGCCCUAUUUUCUCAUGUUUUUGUGUUUGAUAGGAACAAUACUUUUGGAAAUUGGUCCACCAUGAAGGAAGACUGUGGCAGCCCUGAAACACACUGCGGUGUAAUCUUUGGGGCAAUAGUGCACCAGGAAUGUGUGUCUACUCAAAGUGCUUUUUGCCACUGACAGGCUCAGAUUGUUAUUAUAAGUGUCAGAUGAAAAACUAAAAUGUUUUUCUUUCCCUUUUGCUUGUUCCGGAUUGUUGUUAUGGUCUUCCUGUAACAACCCAACAUGUAAGACUUCAGAAAGAGACUUCUCUUUUACACUCAAUAACUAACAGACUGGAUCAAGGGAAAGGUAAAGACAUUUGUAAUAAAAUUUGGAGCCUGUCAGAAGCAAAAACAAGCACGUUACGUGGAUGUACAAUGACACUGCGCUAUUGCCCUGAAGAAAAUUCAAUUCAGAUAUAUUUUUUAUGCACUAUACUUAAGUUAAUAUAUUAAGUUAAUACAUCUGUAUGUUUCUUGUCAUUUUCUGGAUCUAGUAAAACUCAAACUUUCUGUUUCUGACAACAUUUCAGUGAAUCAGUAAAUCAUCUUGCAAGUGUCACUGCAUGUGUCAGUCCAGGUUUCAUUCACUAUAAAAUCUGACAAGUUUAUCUUACCCAAAAAAACAAUCUAGCCAAAUGGUUUGAAAAGGGUUUAAGUAAAGAGUUAAAGUAAAUAUAACUCUUAGUCUUAAGUUAUUUUUUCCUUUGUAAGUAUCAAAAGUAUUACAAGGUAAAUAAAACUAAGGACUAAUAGUUUUGUUUACUUGCCUCAAGGUAAUCAGUUUCCUAGAUUUUUAAAUACGAUCAACUUGUCAGCUUUUACAAUGUAUAUUAUCACUCAUACAAUAACUCACUGAACAGAUAAAUAACUGAUUUAUAAAUCUAGUUUAUUGUAGUUCAGACUGACUGUUUUGAUGAUUUCUUACGUUUGUAAACCAGUUAUCUAAUUUAAUUGUCCAAGGCUCCAUCUACAAACUUGAGCAAGCCUAUGAACACUUUGAUGAGUUGAUGUGUCACUGCAUUGUCUGCGUAUGCAUGAAACCUCCUAAAGCCAACCUAAUGCCUGAAUCCUGAUACAGAAAUGCACAAAUACAGUAUAUACUAGAGAGCACCUCUGACAGAUACCAAGGGCAAAUGCUAAUUUUGGGAUUCACUUUGUGCUCUGUGUGUUUAGAGAGUGAGAGGGAGAUUAAACGGGGCUGAACAGAAUGCAAUAAAAGCAAAUAUUUUUAGAGAACAACAAAGGGAAAAAAGGGUGAUCUCCUGGUAAUGUCUAUCUCUCUCCCUACAUUGUUCAUCUAACUUCACGAGAGUUCGUUGGCACCGUUCCACUUGGAGACAAACAAUCCUUCCUAGCAGCAGCCCUGGACAUUUGGCUCUGCUAUUUUGGAGCUAUUCCACUUCCCACAAGGGCAAAGUAGUUUGUGAAGCAAAAAGUUUAACUACUACACCCACUCGAUACUCAGGGGCUCACAUAGACUAUCAGGCAGAAAUAUAUGCACACUGCGCUGGUCAAGAAUGUGUGGCAAUCUCUGUAAUGAGGCUGCUGCUUGAGAUUGCUCAGCUACCCACCAUUACAUUACAUUACCACAGCAGGUCAGGAGAGAUUUGGAGGCAGACAGACUAAGUGGAACUAAGGUGAGGAGCUGUAACCAGUGGCACUCAAACUCAAAAGUCUGAUAAGUGUUUCACAGCCCUUAGUCUGGUCCUUAGCACAGAGAAGUGGUCAGAUAGGGAAGCAGCAAAAGGACGGUUGAUAGUGCAGCUAUAUGGCACUGGUGAAACUUUCAAUGUAAUUCAAUGUACAGAAUCAAUCUCUUGUACACCUUGGGCAAAAAAAGCCUCAGUGAAACAGACAGUAUGCUGGAAUUGAACUGGAAAUCAGCGACAACAAACAAGUCAAGGUGCAAACACGGGUAAUUUAAAAAGCAGCAAAUGUUUGUCAUUUGUGCAUCAGCGCUUGUUCGAACACCUUUGCUAAUUUGCUUUGCUGUAUUCUGAAAACCUGUUCAUCUAAAAAAAAAAAAAGAAGAAAGAAAAAAGUGCAUUUUACCUCUCCCUCAGCAAAUACAUUUGCUUGCUGGGGCUCUUUUUGCCAGAAGACAGAGAGUGGAUUCAUCUGUGUUCAACAAACAUAUUAUUGGAACAAUCUGUAUAAUGUUUGCUUUUAAUGAUUACUAAAUGUGUCCUUUAAUGUACUCAGGGUGUCUAAAGAUAUAACCAAGUAAAUUUAAGACAUUUUAAGACCUAUUAAUACCAGCUUAUUUGAGAUGAUAAGACGAUUUAAGACUUUUAAGAAAACUUAAUUUAAGACAUUUUAAGACUUUUUGAGGACCUGUACACACCCUGGUACUUGAAAGGUGCAUGGGUGAAUACUUUUGAUUAAGAACACCCACGGAUGUAGGUUUCGUUUCAACAUUUGGGGGACACAUAUGAAAUGUCUGCCAGAAAAUUUUAAGUCAAACACUUAAUUUUCUGCAUUCAUGUUUAUGCACACAUUUCUGCAAUUUUUGCAUCAGUUUAUGGUAUAAAUGUCUUUACUUUUGUCAAAACUAAAGUCCUCUGCUACUUGAAAGUUUUUAUUGGGGGGGACACGUGUUCUAAAUACUGAGGGGUAUGUGUCCCCUGCGUCCACCCUGAAAUCUACUCCUAUGCGUAAACCAUACUUCAAUGGAUAAAACUGCAACUAUAAAUGCACAGAGGUAUUAGACUUUGAAAAAAAAAAAAAGCUUGUCAAAC